AUGUCUUUUGUCAAUCCCCGCGUUCGCCAGCAUGGCGGCCCAGUACACAUCAACUUUUCGCUGUCCAGCCAAACAGAGAGUUCCAAACUGAGAGGCAAGCCCUUCCCCAGCGUCCACAAACCCACUUGGGAGUACACAACUACGCGAGUAACUCAAACAGCAGAAGGUUCCCUUGAUGGUGUAAGAAUGCCCCAGGAGCAGCCAGCCACGGUCAGAGAUGCAGGACUAGCCACACUUGGAGCUCUUGGUAAUAAGAUAAAAAGAAAGGCUUCGCAGCCACUGGUCGCCGGACAAGUAGGGAUUCGUCCUCUCUUACUCUGA